CGUGACUCGAGACCUUCAUUCAGAAAUUCAUGUGAAGGGGCAAGGAUGUGCAGAGAGGAUUUUAGAUUUUAACGGGGAAAAUCUGCUGCCAUGGGAAACAAGAAAACUGCAACCAAUCGUCAAGUCUCAAGGUCGCCUUUAUUUCGGCAAACAUCAGCACCACCCCAGAAGAAGAAUCAUAGAUAGGGUCUUCUAUCUGUGAGCCUAUAAGGAACCACCUCGUCCCUUGAAGAGCACCUCCGUUUCGGACCAACGGAAUUCGCCUCUGAAGCUCCCAGCUGGUUAAGAAUCGAAUCCAGGAUGCGGACAAGAAGGCAGCAGAGUAAGGAAAAGCGAUGCUGAAGGAAGUGGGUUGCGGUAGUACAACACCCCCUCCUGGGGAUGGUGCCGUCGGCAAUCGUCAAGUCGGAACCAAUGGAAGCAGAAGUCCGGAAGGUGCUCUUGGCUGUGGAGGAUGCGGAAGGGAGAUAGCAGAAAGAUGGUACCUCAGAGCUGCAGAUCGUGCUUGGCACUGCGGCUGCUUAAGAUGCUGCCAUUGCCGGGUUCCUUUGGCUGCCGAGUUGACUUGUUUCGCCAGGGACGGGAACAUUUAUUGCAAAGAAGAUUACUAUCGAUUGUUUGCUGUUUCGAGAUGUUCCCGAUGUCGAGCUGGCAUUUCCGCCUCGGAAUUGGUGAUGCGAGCACGAGAUCUGGUUUAUCACGUGGCUUGUUUCACGUGCGCAUCGUGUGGCAUCCCUCUUAACAAGGGCGACCAUUUUGGACAGAAGGAUGGCCUCGUUUACUGUAGACCUCAUUACGAGUUAAUUUGCUGCGCUGUGGAUUACGGAAGUACAUCAGGCAGUGUCGAAGACAUCGGAUCUCCGGGAGUAUCGCCACUUCCUGGAUACUACAGUGCAGCGGAACACAGUCCGAUUGCUUCAAGUGGAUCAACUCCAAAAGGGCGCCCUAGGAAAAGGAAGCUUUCUGAAGUGACUGGCUCAGAAAUUCCCGUUACCAUGAGACUUGCAGCCGGAGCUUUAGAAUUACUUCAUCCGAACGAACUCUCUUCAUCCAUGGAGUCAUUGGCCGCAUACGAUGCAUCAGUUGGGUCCCCUGGGCCAAUGCACCAAAAUCAAAGAACUAAACGUAUGCGAACAAGUUUCAAACAUCAUCAACUCAGGACGAUGAAAAGUUACUUCGCCAUUAAUCAAAAUCCGGACGCCAAGGAUCUUAAGCAGUUAGCACAAAAAACUGGAUUAUCGAAGAGAGUCCUACAGGUCUGGUUUCAAAAUGCAAGGGCAAAGUGGAGACGGAACAUAAUGAGACAAGAGGGCAACACCUCGAACAAUGUUGGAUGUCCAGGCACUCCUGUCUCCUCCAGCACUGGAAGAGGUUCUCCAGGAGUGGGUCCAACUUCCGGUCUCCUGGGGGACAGCAACAGCAUGCCGUCAACUUCGAUGGAAGAAUUACAUGCCCUUCAUCAUUUGCAUUCUGGGGUUUCUUCUCAGGUAUCUUUCUCUGACCUUUACUGA